AUGGGGAAAGAUAAGAGCAGCAAAAAAUCUAGCACCACCACCACUGAAAAGAAGGUAAAGGAAACUACCACCGAAACAGAUUUAUACGAAGCUAGACUACCGGCUUUAGUUCCAUUUGCUGAACCAUUGGCUUCCAAGAAAUUGAACAAAAAAAUAUUGAAAACGGUUAAAAAAGCUUCUAAAGCUAAGAAUGUUAAGCGUGGUGUUAAAGAAACUGUCAAAGCCUUAAGAAAGGGUGAAAAGGGUUUAGUUAUUAUUGCAGGUGACAUUUCUCCACUUGAUGUUAUUUCUCAUUUGCCAGUUUUGUGUGAAGAUAACCAUGUUCCAUUUGUUUUUAUUCCAUCCAAACAAGAACUGGGUUCUGCUGGUUCUACCAAGAGACCAACUUCUGUUGUUUUUAUCGUUCCAGGCAGUAACAAAAAGGGUGAUAAAAAAAAGGAAGAGGAAUACAAACCGUAUUAUGAAGAGGUCAUGAAGGAAGUCAAGUCUUUAGCCUCUUAG